AUGGAUUUGGGAGGCGUGUUGCAGGACGGCAUAGAGGUCUCCUACCUCGACUGCAUCACGGGGUGGUUCACGGGAAUUUUGACUUUCACCUGGACUGCUGAGUAUGGGCAGGCUUCCCACAGCGACUGGCUCUGCGUGUUGGCUUUGCCCAGCUUGCUGGAUUUCCUAUGCGCUCCGGAGGUCAUCCAUCUUCGUGCGAGUUCCCUCCGGAGCAUCGACCUGAAGGCUUUGGCGCGGCAUUCCCUGCAGCUCGCUGACUUUUCCAGGUCAUCGUCUUUGAUCGCAUACGCGGAAACCUUUUCAAGCCUGUCAUAUGAUCCAGACCACGCCUAUGCUAUGUUGAAGAGCGACGUGGAAUUUCAGAAGGCGUUCUUUUGUCAAUGGUACAUCAAUUUCCACCUCCAUGAAUGUGAGCUUCAAUAUGUGAUGGACCCAUUGUUGGAUGCAUUGCUGGGCCACUGCCGCAUAAUCUUACGGGGAGAAUCUGGUUCUAUGCAAGCCUGCCAAGCAGCACACAAAGUGCUGAGCACAUUGAGUCAGGCCUACUCCCCAUUCGUGGCACGCCGCAUCUCCAGCUUUAUGCUGGAUGUGCUGGACUUGCUUCUGGCUUCGCCGGUUGGGGCCUGCAGGUCUGUCAAGAUGAUGGGCCUUUGA